AAGGAUCGUGGGAUGGGAUUGCGCCUCGACCUUGAAAGACCCUCGAAUCCAUAUAUGGUGGAAAUGUAAUUUUCACCUCGCAAUUCGCUGCCUCUGCUCAUUUAUCAUCACUUUCGUUUGCAAGCUGGUUUGUCCAGCCAUCCAGGUUGUGAUCAGAGUUUCAGGAGGUGCCAGAUUCAUGCGAUAACGUUGGUGGGCAAGGACUUUUCCCUGAUUUCAUGCCGCUCUCGAAUGAGAGCAAGGCCGACGCCCAUCGAUCGCUGCAUAAUUUGAAGUCAUUCUCCAGAAUCGAACCGGAGGACCCGGACCAUCCAACCCGAAGCCAACGAGCAAGCACAGUUCAGAAUGAGGCAAUGCCGGAGAUAAUCAGUUCAGCCCAGCCCAGCACUCCGAAAGAGAACAAAUUUUCCAAGAUGCCGCAAGAUUCAUUUGACAAGAGUUCGGAGGAGGAUGGAAGCCAUGGAGCGGUGGAGGGGGCCCCUGAAAAGCUACCCGCAGACUUUGAUGAGCUUCCAAUCGAGCUCGUCAGUCUGACAGAUAGCUUCAUUGACUCACUCUCCGCCAAAGUGCACCCCUCGCCUCCAAGCGUGGAUAAAUUAUCAGGUCUAUUCCAAGACUUCUACGCAGUUGCCGCUACCCAUAUUAAUACCCAUAUUUCGACCUUAUCAUCUCGCCAGCAUCGAGGGACUUCGCCGGCACCAUCACUAUCGUCUCUAUCUUCCACAGCUAGCAAGUUCAGGGCCAAGGCAGCUUCGAUUAACGUCAAGGAUCGACCGAAGGCCCCUUUCGAGAAAAAGGACUCCGAGCAGAUGAUGUUAACUUCAGAGGAGAUUGCUGACCGAAAACGUGCCCGGAAGGUACUUGAGCAGAAGCGUGUGGCAUUAGAAGAAGCCGUGGAAAGGAGGGUCUGUGAGGCCGUCUAUGGCAGAAUAUGGAGGCACAGGAGCACACAGGACGAGGCACAAGAUGAAAAGUUACGGUCCAAGACAGCUGCUUUGUCAGUCGUAGGAAUUGGCUUGAUCGACCUAGGAAUUGACGUAGGGCAAGGAUCUGGCGAAAGUGCGGAAGAGAAGGAAAACGAAGUCCGGGAGUGGCUCGAGGCAGCCAGAUCGGACCUGACAGCGAUGAACGACGAAAAAUACCCUUUUGGAAAACUUCAGCACCUCAAAGCAGCUCACAAAAGCAUCGUGGAUACUUUGUCACAUUUCCAUCCAUCUUCUUCGGCGGACGAGAUAAUGCCGAUGCUGAUCUAUACGUUGAUCACGUCACGACCGGAGGGAAUCAAUGUUAUCAGCAAUCUAUAUUUCAUACAAAGGUUCCGGAAUGAGAGCAAGAUUGACGGAGAAGCAGCGUACUGCUUGACCAAUCUAGAGGCUGCCAUCACCUUCCUCGAAACGGUGGAUCUUGCAAGUUUAAGAGCGGACGAGGUUCCUUCUGGACCUCCCAAAGCAAGCACGCCCAGCUCAGAGAAAGCAGACCCAAUGUCCCCUACUCCAUCUGAACCAUCUGCCCCUGAAGUAAGUAAAGAAAAUGCGAGUCCAGAGAUAUCAAAGCCUCAGCCAUCUCCGUCGGGCCUCCGUCCGAAUAUACAGGCUCAGAACCGAAAGAUCAGCGAUAUGUUCCAACCCCCCGCUCAGGUAUUGGGUGCUGCCGGCGACGCCGUCCUCAACACUGCCGAUCAAGGGUUCAAGACGCUGGGCAACAGCCUGGGAGAAAGCUAUAAAUUCUUGAUCAGCAAGCUCAAGGAGCGACAAGAAGAUCCAUCUAGUCCAGCCGCAGACCUCAUCGUCCCUAAAACGCUGGAUGAUGCUCGAAAGCUCGUCAGCACACCCCCGCCAGAAGAUGACGGUUCCAUGAGCGGAGGGAGUUCACAUAACAGCCCGGUCCCCUCGAGGAACCGCAGCAACUCAGGUGCGAGGUUAGACGACAAGUUUCUGAGUAUGGUGGGUGGGAGGAAGAUGGUCCGCGACGGCAGUACGGACAGUGUACGAAGCGCCGCUAGUAGUAAUAAGAAGGUUGCCUUUGCCGAAGAGGGUGAGAAGGCCAGCCCGGCACCCACGUCCGGGAACCCUGCGAUCGUGGAGUCGAUGCGGAAUCUGGGGAAUUCCCUGAAUCCAAUGACUAGGAUUGCCGGGAUGGGAUUCGCGCGUGGCUUUGGACGACCGGCGCCGCCACCGCCGCCUCCCGCAAAACCAGUACCUGAUGGUGGCGUGGCUGAACUCACGACGGCCUUCCCAGAUCUCGCAACAGUAUUACCACCGAAGGAGGUGCCCAAGAUCGCACCACCAAUCAAACGGUUCAUGGAGCUGAAAAAUCCCGGAGAGCUCCGGAUCAACGAAGUCCUGGAACUGUUGAGAGAUUACAGACGCCUUGCGGGGGCAUUGAAGGAAUCCGGGGCGUUUUGA